GAAUCCACACAAUUCUUACUCACUCCCUGAAUUCGCCAAAUUAUCCGUUCACCAUCGUUUCCUUUCCCAAUAAAAAGCAUUCAUAAGUAUUCGGAUUAGCAGAUAUUGUAAGCUCCUGCUCGUUCAAUAAUGGCAUCUCAACAGAUUGCGACUCACAGGGAGGACGCCGAGAUCUUCAAGGGCGACGAGUCGCUCUGCAAGCUGAAGUCGUUGGAGCUCCUCGACGAGAUCCACAUGCCACGUGGCCUUCUCCCACUGGAGGGACUGGAAGAGGUGGGCUACAACCGUACUACGGGGUUUGUGUGGCUGAGGCAGAAGAAGAGGAAGGACCACUUUUUCCGUGCGAUCAGGCGCAACGUGUCGUACGAGAAGGAGGUCACGGCGUUCGUUGAGGAUCACAGGAUGAAGAGACUCACUGGAGUCAAGAGCAAGGAGUUCUUCAUCUGGGUUACCAUUUCCGAUAUCUACAUCGAUGAGCGAGACCUGACUAAAAUCACCUUCGCCAAUCCUACCGGAAUUUCCAGGACUUUUCCGGUCUCGGCAUUUGAGGAGGACCAUUCUAGUACCAAGAACUGAUCAUAUCUGGAUUGUGAAAUUGGGGUUUUUAGUCUAGGGUUUGUUUGUGUCUCAGAGCUCUCCUAGCGUUGUUUGAGAUUGAAUAAUUUAUAUGGUUUAAAUUGGAAUCUGCCUUCUCUUUUGUUGUUGUGAUUUUGUUUGGAUUGUGAUUAAUUGAAUGAUCAUAUGGUUUCGGGAUCCAA